AUGCAUCAUGAGAGGAACAUCGAGCAGAGGACGAUGCUCACCUCAUGUACCAUGACUUCUUCGAGUUGCAGUUGUAGCCGACUCCUGCUGGGUUUCGUCAGGGUUGCGUACAGGAGCUUAGGGGGAGCACGAGGUCCAGAGCACGGGCAGCUUAGCACUUUUGGGAUUAAUAAAAUCCCAAAAUCCCGUGAAGGAACUGACAGUUAUGAACUGACUGGUUCAGCCAGAGGUGGGGAACAGUUGGCUAAACUAAAGAGGAACUAUGCUAAGGUAGUGGAACUACUGGUGGAACUAGCUUCUCUGCAGACUUCCUUUGUUACAUUGGAUGAAGCUAUCAAGAUAACCAACAGGCAUGUAAAUGCCAUUGAACAUGUCAUCAUUCCUUGGACUGAACGUACCCUUGCUUAUAUCAUCACAGAGCUGGGCGAGAGAGAGCGAGAAGAGUUCUAUAGGUUAAAGAAGAUACAGAAGAAGAAAAAGAUUCUUAAGGAAAAAUCUGAGAAGGACUUGGAGCAGUGGAAAGUAGCUGGAGAGGUGAUGGAGCCUGCUAACCUUCCUGAGGAAAAGGAUGAGGAUCUCCAGUUUGAGUAA